AAAAGAGAGCAAACGGCCAUGGAUCCGUACGGCGGAGGCUGGCCGGCAUCACCGUUGCGUGCCGGUGGUGGUGGUGGUGGAGGUGGCAUGUACGACAACAUUUCGAACGAUGGCAUACCGAUGGAUGCGCUGGCCGAGCUGCAGGACACGGGGUUCGAGCCGCAGACGCGAGCUCGCUCCAACACCUGGCCCCUGCCGCGACCGGAGAACUUCGUCGAACCGGAAACGGAACCAGACAGCAAUAAGUGCAGCAAUCAGCAGCUGGCCAAUACCGGAUCUAGCAAUACACAGCUCCAGGCGGCCGCUUCGUCCUCAUCGAAGAAAAACUCAUCGCGGCGCAACGCCUGGGGCAAUCUGUCGUACGCCGACCUCAUCACACAAGCCAUCAGCUCGGCCAGCGAAAGCCGGCUAACGCUUAGCCAGAUCUACGAAUGGAUGGUGCAGAAUGUUCCGUACUUCAAGGAUAAGGGCGACUCGACCAGCAGCGCCGGUUGGAAGAAUUCGAUCCGGCACAAUUUAUCGCUGCACAAUCGCUUCAUGCGAGUACAGAACGAGGGUACGGGCAAAUCGUCCUGGUGGAUGCUGAACCCGGACGCUAAGCCGGGCAAAUCGGUACGCCGGCGGGCCGCCUCGAUGGAAACUUCCAAGUACGAGAAGCGCCGGGGUCGGGCGAAAAAGCGCGUCGAAGCGAUACGGCAGCAGGCUGCCCUCGGUCUGGCCAGUAAGUAUGCGUGUGGCGGCGGUGGUCGACUGUUGUCCAGCAGUUUUGAAAUUCUUCGUGCUUCUUUUCCAACAGCCAACCCGCUCAACGAUGCUACACCGUCACCGAGCAGUAGUGUUAGUGAAGGAUUAGAUCUGUUUCCAGAGAGUCCGUUGCAUAGCGGUAACUUCCAGCUGUCGCCCGACUUCCGACAGCGUGCCUCGUCGAACGCGAGCUCAUGCGGUAGGUUAAGCCCGAUCCAAUCGAUCGUGGGCGUCGAUAACGUGUGGAACUACACGCCGGUAGAUGUGGCCGACCUGGCCGACAACACCGACCAGGGACAGGGUGACGAGCUGGAGCUAGAUAUCGGUGCGCUCGAUCAGCUGGCCGGUUCGUUGGCAGACGAGCUGACACUGCAGCAGAACGAUUUCUUCAAAGGAUUCACCCAGUCGACGGCGAUGCACAAUCAGCCGCCACCGCCACCGUACCAACCACCCCAGCCGUACUCGCUGAUGGCCUCAGUAGCCCCGUCCUACGGUCUCCCGCAGCAACAGAAUCAGUGCCCGAUUCAUCGCAUACAACAUUGUACCUGCAUGCUACAGAAUAAUGCUCGUGAGAGCAUCUCGCCGGCGUCCGGAACUGGCAUGUCGCCCUCAUAUCCGCACAGCGAACCGUCACCUGACUACGCCAUGCUAAUUGGAUCUCGCGUAAUACAAAGAACGCCCUCGUCUAGUCCUCCGCUAACGCCAAAUACGAUCUGCGGAUUGAUAGCGCCACCGCCACAGCAGCAAGGUAAGAAUCCAACACCGCAGACGCUAAUGGGUCAAGUGAUGGAAGCUUUAAACAGCCAAACAAACAUCGACGACAUCAACAUCAACGUGGAAUCGUUUCCGUGUGUGGAUGAGGUGCUAAAGCACGAGCUUAGCUUGGAGGGAUCGCUAGAUUUCUCGAACCUGCCGCUCUCGAUCCACAACAACUAUGCGGCACCGAACAAUUCCAACUCGUCCGACUCGUCGUCCGGGAUCAGUGCGAUGACCGCACCGAGCCCGAACCAGCAGACGGCCGCCCACAACCACGGCCAGUACGCGGCCAGAACGAGCGUAACGCCACCGUCCUGGGUGCACUAA